CCCGUCCAGAUCUAGGGUUUCCCGUCCUCUCCCGCCCCUCUUCCCAACGCCGCCAUCUUCUCCUACGCCGCCGCCGGGCCGUCCAAGCCACCAUGUUUGAGCUGACGAUGGCGAAGGGAAGCAUCUUACAGGGUGUCCUGGAGGCGAUCCUCGACCUGGUCAAUGUGGCCAACGUCGACUGCUCCAGCAAGGGCUUCUCGCUCCAGGCCCUGGACACCGAACACGUCGUCUUCCUCUCGCUCUUCUUCCCCUCCGAGGUCUUCCGGUCCUACCGCUGCGACGAAGACUGCUCCAUGGGCAUCGCAAUCGCCGACAUGGUCGAUUUGCUCCGCGCCUCCAACGAUGGUGACAUCAUCACCAUCAAGGUGACCGAUCAAAACUUCGAAGACAUUACCAUAACAUUCGAGUCGCCCGACAAGACUAAAACUACGGAUAUGGAUUUGCAGCUUGUGGACGCCAGAAGCCAUCGCCUCAAAAUCUCGGAAUGGCACGAUAUGGAGUCGGAGUACCAGGCCAUUUUCUGCAUGCCCUCUGCGCAGUUUAUGUUGAACUGCAAGUCCCUCAGUGUCAUCGACGACGAUGUUGUCAUCAGGGUGAAUGAGGAGGUCAUCAGCUUCUCUACUAAAGGAAAAAGUGGCCAGAAAAAGCUAGUGUUACCCUUACACAUAUGCGAGGGCCAGUUUCAUUGACCUUGAACCUGAGGUACAUGAAGUCCUGCGCCAAGGUGUCUACCCUGUUUGAUCAAGUGAAGAUCGGUCUCUCCACCAAGCUACCUUUGAUGGUCGAGUGCAAAAUUGCAGAGAAGGGCUACAUCAGGUAUUUCGUGGCACCAAAGAUAACAGAGGAAGAGGAAGGGAAAACAGAGACCGAAGAGGCAAAGGAAGAAAGCAAAAAAAAAUGAUGAAACGGGAGAUGAGAUGCUGGGCUGAUGAAUAAGCAGGGAUACGUUGCCUACUAUUGUGUGCAAGCAAAAUUGAGUUCUUGUGUUCAAUUAGCAUUGAAGUAUGUGCAUUAAGAGUCUGCUCGUGACAACAUCUCUACUUUUAAGUGUCUUCCGUAUUUUGAACAAACGAUGAUGUCUGUACUAAGGUGCAAUGUAUGAACUUAUGAAUGGAGCAAUCUCAUUUGCGAACCGUUCC